AAAAGAGAGAGAGAGAGAGCAGCAGAGCGAGUAUUUACGGUGCUAUGCUCCUGGAGAAUGAACCUCAUCCCCUCUACUCUUUGUGAAGCGGAGCGAGGUCAUAAAGCAGCAUAACCAACCAACCCUGGGCUCGGUUCGGACCCUGUUUGUCUGGCUACAGAACCAACUACCAGUUCCCAACUUGGAAAAACCAAGCUUGUACGGACUUCAGAGAGCUGCUCCCUGACCUUCCAGAGCCUUUGACACCAACUCUUCCAAGAUGUCUUCUGAAGCCACACCCAUCCAGGAGUCCACUCCCAAGUCCCCAACUUCUCCAGAGUCUCUGCAUCUUCCAACCAACAAGCUUAGAGAGCGCUCGCCUUCCCCAAUGAGAGACUUCCUCAUCCCCAGCCCUCUGCCCACACGCAGGAACAGGACCUUCUCAGCGUCUGUCCGAGCAUCAGAGGGUCCUGUGUACUCCGGCGUGUGUAAAUGUUUUUCCCGCUCCAAAGGCCACGGCUUCAUCACACCAUCAGACGGCGGCAGCGACAUCUUCGUCCACAUCUCAGACAUUGAGGGAGAGUACGUGCCGGUGGAAGGCGACGAAGUGACCUACAAGGUCUGCACCAUCCCUCCCAAACUGGAGAAGGUCCAGGCGGUGGAGGUGAACAUCAUCCACCUCAAGCCAGGAACCAAGCAUGAGACCUGGGGAGGACACGUCAUCACCAACUGAGCGCACGGCGCGCUCAAUGAGGGGGGAGGGGGUGUUUUUGCAAAGUGAAAGAUGGGGUGGGGGGUUAGAGUGAUGGGCAACGGGGCAAAUUCAGUUUAUCCCAACCAUGUCACCCUCAUGUUGUGUUGAAGCGUGAGCAGCAGCAGCUCUGGCCUUACAGGCUAGCUGGUUCCUGGACAGACAGGGUGGUGAAGCUGAGUCUGACUUGUGUGGAACCGGACAGCGGCUGUCGUUAUUCCUGUAAACCUUCACUGAGGCCCAUCUGGAAGGGUCUGGAGUCAUAAAAGCCUGGCAGAGCAUUCCAGUGUUUGUGAAUAAACGCCGUUGUUGCUGCUUAACUGGUCUGGUUUCAGCAAAUCUGUGUGCCAGCAUUCAGCAGUCCCACUGUAUUUGGCCAGGUUCAGGGGAAAUAAAGGACUUUCAGCAGUU